AUGAUUAGCCCCAUUGUCCACCCUCCGCACCCGGCUGCGCAACCGCAGUACAACACCGCCAACAUGCAGGCUUCGCAGCGCGCCGAAGCCGAGCGCCGCGAGAAGAUGCGCCGCAUCGCAAAAAACCCGACCGACAAGAACAUUCCCGAGGGCGUCGAGGACGUGUGCAUUGGCGAUGCCGUAGCGCGCUACAAGGAAUUGCGCGAGGUCGAGCGCACGCUGGAUGCGACUAUGAUGCGCAAGAAGCUGGAUGUCAUGGACUCGAAGCACCAUUCGCGCGCAUCGCGCUACGGCACCAUGCGCAUAUGGAUAUCAAACACCGCCGAGAACCAGCCUUGGCAGAGCAGCGGCAUCGACGCGGAUGCCUUCGAUUUCGAGAGCGAGAAUAACGCGACGUACCGUGUAAAGAUCCAAGGGCGCUUGCUCGACGAAGAGGGCGAUGAGGGUCUCGAGGAUGACGAGGAAGACGAGAAGGACGCCGAUGCGAUGGACGAAGACGGAGCAGAGAAAAAGCCAGCCGCAAAACCGAAGCUAUUUUCACACUACUUCACAUCCAUCAACAUCGAUUUCGACCGCGCCAAGAGCUUACAACCCGACAACUUCACGCAAAUCGAGUGGAAACGACCCGAGAACCCUACUGCAAAGGAGGCCAACUUUAGCGAACUCGAAUUUGAGCGCAAGGGCGACGAGAACAUUAACAUCACGAUCAACCUGCAGCGGUACCAAAAUCCCGAGGUCUUCCGCCUGAGCAAACCUCUCGCCGAGCUGCUCGACACCGAUGAGGAGGACCGCGCCGGUGUUCUCAUGGGCAUCUGGGAAUACGCAAGGUCACAACAUCUGCAACAAGAAGACGAUGAGCGCAAGUUUGCGUGUGACGCCAGGCUGAAAGCUCUCUUCGGCGGCCAAGACCAUUUCUUCUUCCCAAACCUGCCCCAACUCAUCAAGCAACACCUCACGACUCUCCCGCCUAUUCAGCUGCAGUACACCAUUCGUGUAGACAAGGACUACAUCUCACCCGCUGCCGAUUCAGGCAAGACCGCUUCCGAGCCGACCGUAUACGACGUUCAGGUAGCACUCGAAGACCCAAUGCAGCCAUUGUUCCAAGAUAUCCUACGCCGACCAGAUAGCAUACAGACUCUUCAAGAGAUUCAGAAGAUCGACGAGCAGCUUGUGCUGUUGAUGGGAGCGAUCGGCCAAUCAAAGGCAAAGCACGCCUUCUUCACCAGCAUGUCCAAGGAUCCCGUGGCCUUCUUCAAGCGCUGGUUGUCUAGCCAGAAGCGAGACCUGGAGGUACUACUUGGCGAGGCUACGCGAGGUGGUGGAGAAGACGUAUCUGGCGAGGAAUGGCGACGAGGAGGAGCUGAUGGUGUAUGGGGCAGCGAGGUUGCCAAGGAGAGCGUGGCCUUAUGGCUGGCCAGGUCCAAUAUCAAGCCUCAUUAG